GGGCCGCUCGGAACCUACCGCACGCCCCGGGGUGGGGGAGGCGGCGCGGGAGGAGCGCGAGGGGACCGGACGGUGGGCUCGGUCCCCCCCAGUCUAGCCGCGGAGCUCCUCGUCUCUCCGCCUUCUUUCUCCCGCGGCGGCGGCGGCGGCGAGCGCGGACCCACCCUCCGGCUAGACCUGCGCCCUGCCCAGCGACGCCCAGCCGGCGGCUCCCUCCGUGGCUCGGGACCAGCCCCGCGCCCAGUGCCCACGGGACCCUCGCGGCUUCCCCUUUCCUCCCCGCUGCCCGGGCGCCGCGGAGAAGUGACCCACCCUCUCCCGAGGAGGAGGAGGAAGGAGAGGAUCGCGCCGGGCGCCCCGAAACCCAGAGCGGGCGAGCCAGAGUGGGCGCCUCCCGGGGGCUUUGUGAGUGUGUGAGUGUGUAUGUGUGUGUGCGCGUGCAGCGUCGUGUCUGUCUCGAGAGCGCUUUGGGAGGUCCUGUCCCGAGGGGGCGGAGCGCAGGGGGCCGAGGCUUGGGCUCCGCGCCGGGGCAGAGUCCCGUGGAGCCGAAGCGCGGCGGAGGCGGCCGGCAGAACGGCACGCCUGGCGGCCAGGCGGGCGCACUGAAGGAAGGCCGGGGCGCCCUCGGCCCGGCCGCGGUCCCAGCCCCGAGGUGUCGGCCUCGGCGGCGCAGCCCGAUUCUACUCACGUCCAAGGACCUGCCUGCGGGGAAGAAGUUCGGACGCGUUGAGCCUGCGCGCCGCGAAGCCCGUCCGCCCGGUCCACCCCGUCCACCCGAGGUGCGCCGCAGUAGAGCAAGGUCCCCGCCUUUGCGCGACCGCCCGGCGUCGACGGUGUCGGGAGCGCGCCCGGCGCGGAGCCUGAGAAGCGCGCACCAUGAGCGGCGGCGAAGUGGUCUGCUCGGGAUGGCUCCGCAAGUCCCCCCCGGAGAAAAAGUUGAAGCGUUAUGCAUGGAAGAGGAGAUGGUUUGUGCUACGAAGUGGCCGUUUGACUGGCGAUCCAGAUGUCUUGGAAUAUUACAAAAAUGAUCAUGCCAAGAAGCCUAUCCGUAUUAUUGAUUUAAAUUUAUGUCAGCAAGUUGAUGCUGGAUUGACAUUUAACAAAAAAGAGUUUGAAAACAGCUACAUUUUUGAUAUCAACACUAUCGACCGGAUUUUCUACUUGGUAGCAGACAGUGAAGAGGAGAUGAAUAAGUGGGUUCGUUGUAUUUGUGACAUCUGUGGGUUUAAUCCUACAGAAGAAGAUCCUGUGAAGCCACCCGGCAGCUCCUUACCAGCACCAGCUGAUUUACCAUUAGCGAUAAAUGCAGCACCACCGUCCGCCCAGGUGGACGCCUCCUCUGCUGCUCCGCCUCCUCCCUAUCAGCUAAUCAGCCUUCCACCACACCUGGAAACUCUUGGCAUCCAGGAGGAUCCUCAAGACUACCUCUUGCUAAUCAACUGUCAAAGCAAGAAGCCAGAACCCACCAGAAUGCACCCUGACGCUGCCAAACCCACCUCUUCGGAGACAGACUGCAAUGAUAACGUCCCUUCUCAUAAAAACCCCACUUCCUCCCAGAGCAAACAUGGAGUGAACGGCUUUUUUCAGCAGCAGAUGAUGUACGACUCUCCACCGUCUCGAGCCCCGUUUUCUGUAGACUCCAGCCUUUACAACCUGCCCAGGAGUUUCUCCCACGAUGUUCUGCCCAAGGCGUCUCCCUCGAGCACGGAAGCAGACGGAGAACUCUACGUAUUCAACACGCCAUCGGGGACCGCGAGCUUAGAGACCCAAAUGAGGCAUGUGUCCAUGAGUUAUGACAUUCCUCCCACGCCGGGUAAUACUUACCAGAUUCCGCGAACAUUUCCAGAAGGAACCUUGGGGCAGACGUCAAAGCUGGACACUAUUCCAGAUAUUCCUCCACCUCGGCCACCAAAGCCACACCCGGCUCACGAUCGGUCUCCUGUGGAAACAUGUAGCGUCCCACGCGCGGCCUCGGACACUGACAGCAGUUACUGUAUCCCGACCGCGGGGGUGCCUCCGUCCCGUAGCAAUACCAUUUCCACCGUGGAUCUGAACAAACUGCGGAAAGAUGCUAGUUCUCAAGACUGCUAUGAUAUUCCACGAACACUUCCAAGUGAUAGAUCUAGUUCCCUCGAAGGCUUCCCUAACCCCUUUAAAAUCAAAAAUGUGUUGACAGUGGGAAGUAUAUCAAGUGAAGAACUGGAUGAAAAUUACGUCCCAAUGAAUCCCAACUCUCCGCCCCGGCAACAUUCCCGCAGUUUUACGGAACCAAUGCAGGAAGCAAAUUACGUGCCAAUGACUCCAGGGACCUUUGAUUUUUCUUCAUUUGGAAUGCAAGUUCCUCCUCCUGCACACAUGGGCUUCAGGUCCAGCCCCAAAACCCCUCCCAGAAGGCCAGUUCCUGUUGCAGACUGUGAACCACCCCCCGUGGAUCGGAAUCUCAAGCCAGACAGAAAAGGUCAAAGUCCUAAAAUUUUAAGACCCAAACCCCAUGGUUUAGAGCGAACUGAUUCACAAACCAUAGGUGACUUUGCUACAAGAAGAAAGGCCAAGCCAGCACCUUUAGAAAUAAAACCAUUGCCAGAAUGGGAAGAAUUACAGGCCCCGGUUAGAUCUCCCAUCACCAGGAGUUUUGCUCGAGACUCCUCCAGGUUCCCCCUGUCUCCCCGGCCAGAUUCAGUGCACAGCACGACGUCCAGCAGCGACUCGCACGACAGCGAAGAGAAUUAUGUUCCCAUGAACCCAAACCUGUCCAGUGAAGACUCAAAUCUCUUCGGCAGUAAUAGUCUUGAUGGAGGAAGCAGCCCAAUGAUCAAACCCAAAGGAGACAAACAAGUGGAAUACUUAGAUCUAGAUUUAGAUACUGGGAAGUCCACACCACCACGUAAGCAAAAGAGCAGCGGCUCAGGCAGCAGUGUAGCUGACGAGAGAGUGGACUAUGUCGUGGUUGACCAACAGAAGACCCUGGCUCUGAAGAGCACCCGGGAGGCCUGGACGGAUGGGAGGCAGUCCACAGAGUCUGAAACACCAGCCAAGAAUGUGAAGUAAAAACGCCACUUUGCUGUCUCUGAACAAAAGAGGACUGAAUGGUAAAGAGAAAACCCUAUUUGAUGGAAAAGGACUUGACUCUUUGACUCUAGGUAGAGUUGAAGUCAAAGGAACUUUCAGACUGAGUCAAGCAGUUGAGACUGUCAUUGGUGCUUUCUGGUAGCUGAACAACUCAUCACAUGUACAUAAUGUGGGAAAAUAGUAUUGUUGGGUUCCCGGAGAAGCAUUUGUCCCAUAGUUAACACACUUUCUUAGUAUUACUGUAUUUAUGCACUUUUUCAUUUAAAACAUUGGUUUGGGUCUUCCCACAUGGAUGGUAACAUGGUUCCUUUGGGAGUUCUUAUUCUUCCUCACACUGCUCUAAGAACGAUGCUGAGUGAACUAAGCUACUUUUAGUUUGGGAAACUGCUCUUUAAAAUGCAGGAACACCAUGGAAAGGAGAAGUUGAGUCACAGCCUGCCUUUCUACCCGAACCAUCACAUGGUAACCUGUUAGCUUAAAACUCCAGAAUAGGGUUGGACUCAUCAUUCAUUGCUUUCCGAAGUGCUCAGCUUCAUGUAUGUACUGGUAUCAGGACUCAGUUCUCUGGUUCGUGUAUAUUUAGUUUUCAAUGGUGGAACUUUAUUAUAUUUUGUUAAUUACAGUGUUUUUGGUUCAUUGAGUGAAGAUUUUGCCAGGUGGGAUCUUAUACCUUGGAAAGAGUAAAUAAUUACACUACCAAGUAAGUGUACAAAUCACUGAGGUGUGCUCUGUGGUGAUGAUGUGCUCUCAACACUCGCGUUUAACACGUAUUAAACUGUUUUGGCCAAGUGUAGGUUAUAUAACUAAUCAGGUACGUACCAAGCACUGGUGUGCUGAUAACACUGAUUGGGUUUAGACAAGGAGCUUUAGUUCUGUUCUUGCUGGUCCUUUAACAUGGGUUUCCGGUUUGAAAUUGAUGACACAUGGCAUUUACUGUUAGUUUUAGCAACAUACUGUGAUUUUUAGACAGUCAUUCAGAUGUAUUACUUUAAGAAUGAAAUUCUAUCUUUUAACACCAUAGUGCCCUAUGAUUUUUUUAAAAACUUAAUAUUCUUCUUGGCCUUAUCCUAUUUAAAUCCCUAUGCAAUUAAUGUUUUAUAUCUGCAUUUUUAAAAAAAAUAGAUGUCUCAUAAAUGAUUCUCCUAUGUAGCACCUAUUGCUUUUCCAGUAAAAGAAUGAUUUUGUACUGUGAUUUAUAUUCACUGCCCCAAAUACCGUAAAUAUUGGAGCCUUGCUAUAAUGUGAAAUAUUAUAGUCAUGGACCUCUUCCAACCAGAUUUCUGAAACCACGGAAGCUAUCGUAUAAUUCUGUCUCACCUGUAACAUGGUCCUGUGACAAGGCUGUCAAGACCACAAAUGAUAUAUAGUGAGGCUACAGUUGUAUUUAUCUGUCUUGGCUUUACAAUGUAAUGUAGAAAGCAGGUAUAGUUGUUGGCUUGUUUGUUUGUUUGUUUUUUUAACUAAGUUACAUACAAUCUCUUAUGUAUUGAUUUGGAGACAUACUAACAGUUUUUGGAGGGGGCACAGAGAUAGGAGAGCCCACAGCUGAGGCCUGUCCCCUCCAUUCAGACCUCUUACUGUUGCCUGAAUACACAGAUGUGCCCAAUUUCCGGCCCCCUGGCCACUGUACUGUGCCUAAUCCAUGUAAUGAGUUUAUGUCCCCUCCAUGAACUAAAAGUGUUCAUAACAAGAUCAACUGUAGACGAGUCACAUUUGAUGCUUUUAAAUGUUUGCUUCUUUUCAAACAAAAACUAAAACGCAGAACUGAAUUUUGAGGUGGAUUUUUAAAUAAAAAUGAUUGUUCGAGUUUGGUGUGCGCAAGCUGUUUUAUAAUGACGCCACAAGAGAAAAUCCCAAAUUGGUACACUGUACCUGAAGUAUCAGAACACACAACGCAGUUCAAGUAUGGAGAUACUAAAUUGUGUUGCAUGGAGGAUAAACCUACUUUGAGAUUUAGAACACAACAAUAAAUAUCACUAAUUCAAAAAUAGGAAUCUUGCUUUAAAGCUACCGAUCAGAAGUGUCUAAGGCAAUGAUGAAUUUUUUAGUGUCAUUUCUCAAUUUUUUACACGUUACCGUUUUUGAAGACCUACAACACUCUAAUUUGUAGAAAAUUUCCCAGGGUAAUUUAAGAAUUGAAAGUUUCAGGCAGUUUGUUAAAUCACGUUAAACAUUUUAUUAACAUCUUAAAUUAAAAAGAUGGUCUCUUCACUUUGCUGUACACCUAAAAUGAACACAACAUUGUAAAUCAACUAUACGCCAAUAUAAAAUAAAAAUGAAAUUUAAAAAAGAACAGUCUCUCAUAGAGCAGUAUUUUCCAAACAUCUUUUAGCGUUAGAAUCUUUUUUAAAGUAAACUUUUGUGUAAUCCCAAUACGUAAAGCAUGAAAAUGCCACUUUAUCAGUGUCAUUGUAUUUUGAGUCUACAUUUAUGUUUACUUGUCUUAGUCCAUUACUAAGAAUAAGAUUUCUAAGUAAGACAAAUGUGAAAUGGGGUUGUAGUUGGUGAAACCUCAGCUGCUGGUCUGUUUCUGUGCCUUGUUUUAUUUGCGUACCAUCGAGAGAAUGUUGACACAAGUGUAAGGAAGUGUAAGUAAUAACAGGCUUCAAACACACAUUUCAGGAAAUUCUUUAGAGACAACCUGAAGUUGUAUUCCCAGGUUUGUACAAAAAUAAAUUAUCCUGCUAGGGGAAGUUUAUACAUAACCGGUCUCCAAUGUGGGGAAAAUGGGGUGUAUAACAUAUUAAAAUGUGCAUUUUUAUUAAAGUUUUAAACUAUGCACUUUCCUAGGAACAACAUUUGAAUCUACCUGUUUUUAAUACCCUUCACCACCUCCAAGAAGCAGAGUUUUAGCCAGGCAUGGGUUGAAAACCACCACUUAAGUAACCAUGUGAUAGUUAUGUCACAAAUCAAAAGUCCUUUUCUCCCCCAUUUGAGGAUCCUUUUAUUCCUUAUUUAAAAACCUAUACAAUAUUAUGCAAGUUUGAUUGCCAAAGCCCAGUUCUGCUUUCAAAAUUCAAACUUGAAUAAUUUAAGCUAUUUAACCCACAGAAGGUUAUCACUUAGUAAGCUAUGAAAGCGGUUUUUAUCUAUACUCUAGUUUAUACUUUUUCAUCUUUAUUUUUAUCAGUCUCAUAUAAGCUACUGUGAGCAUUUUAGAGAAUUCCAUAAAGGUACUAUGAGGGUAUGUAUGUAUAUAUAGCAUUCUAUUUAAUCAUAGAUUAAAUUUAAUUGGAUAUGGAAAUGCUGCCAUACUUGUACAUGAAUGUCGUAAGUCAUAAUUCCCUCUGGACUUUUUAUAUUUAAUUAAUGGCAGGUCGUAAAUGCAUUCAAAAUGGAAAUUGAACACCAUUUUCUCUUUUUCUCCUAGUAGGAAGUUUGACACUUGCCCCUUCAGCAAAAACAGUAUUUUUUUUAUAUUUUGUUAAACUGUUAACUACUCUAUGCCUAUACCCCAAACCACAGACAUCAUUCUUAGAUAUUCCCAAAGACUCUUAGUGCCUCUAUAAUUGGCCCACUGAAAGUAUUGGUGUUAGUAUUUUGCAUGAAUUAUCCUUUAAAAAUGUAUUAGCCUUCAAAAUUUUAGAAACAAGGAGAUGAGCCAGUUCUUUUUAUUCCUGUCUUUGGGUCACUGCAGUAGGUCUUAGCCUCUAUUGUUAGAUAAUAAAUCGAGUCCGUUACAGGAUUGACAUAAUACAACCAAAUCAAGUGGACACAGAGAGAGAAGGACGUGGCCCAGGAUAACAGUUAUCAUUAAUAACAUCUGCUAUAUGUAAAUUUAUAUAUAAUUUUAAAUAAAUACUAGGAGAUGAAAAGCCAUGAUGUAAAUGAAUAUCAUAGACAUCACAGACUUUUUAUGAUUAAAAAUCACUUGUCAGGUUGUUCAGGCAAUUGAUUUUUAAUCUGUGUUUUCUUACUACAGCUUGAAAUAAUUUAGUUUGUCCUCCAUAGAUUCAUCUUUCUUUAGGUUCAGUAUAAUGUAUAUUAUGAAUUUCAGCAGACUGUUUCGUCAAGGAAUGAAAGCAGCUUAUUGCUUCCUUUCCAUAAAAAGACAUGGCUUCGUGUGAGUUCUUGUAACCUAAUCAAUUGUUGAUAAUCAUCCCAGAUUUCAACAGCAUAAUCUUAUGUAUAAAUUUAUUUUUCCCCCUUGCCCAACUUCUUUUGUAAAAAUCCAAUUGUAGAUAUUUUCUGCUACCCAAUAAAACUUUUCAAACAA